AUGUCUCUCAUCGACAUAUUCGACUACGAGGCUGCUUCGUCCGACGAAGAAUACGAGUCUGAAGCUAGAAUGGACGAACCCGCUGUAGAGAGGGCAUCGUGGGGCUCGGAUUCCACCGAUAAAGCGUGCACAGAGACCGGUAACGCCACGCCGGAUGAAUCGUCGCCAUUUCAAGUCGAUGAGAUGCCUCAAUUCAUUCAAGCUGAGAAGGCAGAUACGGAGGCGUUCAAUACCGACGUGUUUUCGCCAAUUAAGUCUACCGAGAUAUCUCAAGUCGAAAAGGUAAAAACGGAGGUGUCCAUGGCCGAUUUAUGGUCACCUCAGGCUGAAAAAGCGGGCGCGGGAGCAUCCUACGCCGAUGUCCUUAUGGAAAAUAUCAGCUAUGUCAUUGAUCCUGAAGGAGAGGUGAUACUCCUGCUGAAAGACGGCGAUCGGCCGUUCGCUGUUUGGGAGGAUGAGCCGGUUGUCUGGAGUGAAUACACUGAGGAUAUACCACCACGGCCUGCGCCUCCAAAAGAACGCUCCAAAACAGUCUCCUACCGAACCUCAGAAAAACACCUCAAGUUUGCAUCACCGGUGUUCCGGUGUAUGUUGGAGAAUAACGGAUCUCAAGAGUCGGCAAAGAUGAUUGUUGUGCGCUCUUUCAGCUCCGAGGCGCUCUUGAUAUGUCUGAAUAUCAUCCAUGGCAAGGUUAAUACAGUACCGCGCCGGGUGAGCCGCGAGCUUCUAGCCAGAAUCACUGCUGUGGCGGAGCACUUCGAAUGUCUCAAUACACUAAGGUUCUGUGCGGAUACGUGGUUCAAGUCGAUUAAGAGCAUACCUCGCACGGAGUAUUCGCGGGACCUCGUGGUAUGGCUCUGGAUAACAUAUGUCUGGGGCUGGACCAAGGAGUUCGAUCAUACAGCAUGGACAGCCAUAAAUCAUGGGUCCUGUCCAGUGCCCUCGCUGGGACUCUCUUUCCCAGGCGACUUAAUUUGCGCACUCAAUGAUUGCAGAGAAGCAGCCAUUCAACGUACCAUCGAUUUUGUGCACGACAAGCUCAACCACAGUCUGGGCGAUGGCUAUUGGAGACUCUGCACGGCUCACAAUAGUCGAUGUAGGACGAUACUGGUGGGCGGCUUGCUGCGGUAUAUGCACGAAGCCGGCAUGUAUCCGAAGCCCGAGGCGCCUUUCCGGGGAAUAACAUGCGAAGGUCUGAGAGAGAAAAACGCUGACGCUUAUCAGACCGCCGAGAGAAUUGACCUAGGCUGCAAAUGCUAUCGGACUUACAUCGUGGAGAUGGAAGAAAAGUUCAAGAAUUUCGUUGAUGAUUUCGCGAUCUCUGCUAGGAACUAG